AUGUCUUCACCAGAACAAGAAAAAUUGAUUCUAUCGUACUCACCAUGGUCACUCUGGUCGCCACACUCGAAUUCUUUGACAAAACGGUUUGGCGUAUGCUGCCGUCUUCGGGUUAAGGACAGACACGAAACUCGUUGGUCAACAAUACUCUUGGCUUGGAAGCAUUUUCUAUUUCGGAUAUUUGGGAGCCCUCCUUCCAUGCCUGUAUCUUGUCAACGUGGUUCACACAGAUUCUUCCUAGGUAUUUUUGAGUCAGGAAUUUUGCCUUGUUUCAUGGUUUUGCAAGCUAAAUGGUGGAGAAGAUCCGAACAAGCGCUCCGAACUGCCUUGUGGUACAACACGUUUGCGGGUAUAUUCGGAGGUAUUCUGUCCUUCGCAAUCGGUCACAUCAAUGGCAAACUCGCCGUCUGGAAAUACAUCUUCCUCAUUUAUGGCUCCGUCACCAUCCUUGUAGGAGUGAUUGUCUUCAUCGCGUUACCAGAUUCCCCAGCUACAGCUUGGUUUCUCAAGAGCGACGAAAAAUUGAGAGGUGCGGCGCGUUUAGCUGAAAAUCAGCAAGGUCAAGAAAGGAAAAAGUUUGAUCUGUCACAAUGUCUGGAGGCAGCUAAAGACCCCAAAUACUGGGUCGUCAUAUUGUUCGUGGUCGCCCAAUCAAUCACUAACGCUGGUAUCACUAAUUUCAACCCCCUCAUUAUAUCGGGUUUUGGAUAUAGUCAGAGCAAGACAACCUUGAUGGCUACUCCUCAAGCCGCCGUAGCUUUUGUAGCUCAGGUGGUUCUUUCCUCCAUUGUUCUGUUCGUCCCAAACAUUCGCUGUCUCCUUUGGAUGCUCUCCUGUCUCCCAGCGCUGGCUGGUGCCAUCAUGGUUCACACCAUCGAUCGAGUAGCGCAUCGUCACGCUGCGUUAACGGGCGUCUAUCUCAUGGGAUUCUAUAAUGUGCCAUGGGUGUUAUGUUUGUCUUUGGUCACAAGUAAUAAUGCGGGAACCACUAAAAAGACUUUCGCUUCGGUCAGCGUUGCUACUGCUUAUGCCGUGGGUAACAUCAUUGGUCCCCAGUUCUUCAGAUCAUCGCAAGCACCCACUUAUCAUCUGGUCAUGUGUGCUUGUGGUGGGAUGUAUUGGGCUCUGGUCAUAUACGAGAACAGCCGAAGAGAUCGAUUGUACGGCAAAUCUUCUCAAGAUACCCAACAGAUCAUCGACGAAGCCUACUCAACCGGUGACACCGAUGGUAAAAACCACAACUUCAGAUACUCCUUUUAG